CACCUUUCUCUUCUCAUCAAGAGAUCAAUCUCCUCUGCUCAAAACCGCUACACGUCAAGAUGCAGAUCUUCGUGAAGACCCUGACCGGCAAGACCAUCACCCUCGAGGUCGAGAGCUCCGACACCAUCGACAACGUCAAGGCCAAGAUCCAGGGCAAGGAGGGCAUCCCUCCCGACCAGCAGCGCCUCAUCUUCGCCGGCAAGCAGCUCGACAACGGCCGCACCCUCGCCGACUACAACAUCCAGAAGGAGUCCACCCUCCACCUCGUGCUCAGGCUCCGCGGUGGCGGUUUCUGAUGGGACGGGAGUGUU